AUGGAACUGGCUACAGAGCCUCGAGCUGGUGCCAUGCGGCUCACUCAACCAUCAAAGGCACCAGCUGCCGACGCCGUUUUCGAAGCUCGUGUAGCCGAGAGCGAUAAGCCCGAUGACCGCUCUGCUCGAGGACUUGUCAUUCACAUCCUGACAUGGACGCCUACGAGGCUGCGUUAUGAUCCGGCGAAUCCUCCCGAAUUCGGGUACUUCCUCAAUUUUCUCUACGCUCUGUCUGCCACCAUCACUGUAGCCAAUCUGUACUACAAUCAGCCCGUGCUGAACAGAAUCGCAGAAACAUUCAAUGUCAGCUUCGAGCGUGCCUCUUCCGUCGCCACACUCAUGCAAUCCGGCUAUGCUGCAGGCCUGCUCUUCCUAUGCCCGCUAGGUGACACUUUGCGACGGCGGCCGUUCAUCAUUGGGCUGGUAUGGGCGACUGCGAUGCUUUGGCUCGGCCUUUGUGUCACCAAGUCAUUCGAUGUCUUUUGUACGCUAUCCUUCAUCUGCGGUGCCACGACCGUCACUCCGCAAUUGAUGAUCCCUCUCGUUGGGGAUAUCGCUCCACCCCAGCGCAAGACGACAGCCAUGGCGAUUGUCGCCUCAGGCCUCAUGUUCGGCAUGCUCGUCGCACGGUUGCUCUCAGGUAUCGUUGCCAACUACACCGACUGGAUCAACAUUUACUGGCUGUCCUUCGGCGCCCAGUACAUCCUCGUUGUCCUGCUCUUCUGCUUCAUGCCUGAUUACCCACCCACCAACCCCGAGGGCAUCAAUUACUUUCGCGUACUGUGGAGCAUCGUCGCCAUGAUCUUCACCGAGCCCAUCCUAGUGCAGGCCUGCCUCAUUGCGUUUCUGUGCAACGCCAUCUUCACCAACUUCUGGACGACCCUCACUUUCCUGCUCGCAUCGCCGCCUUACGAAUUCAGUUCCCUCAUCAUCGGUCUUUUCUCCCUCAUCGUCCUGACAGGCAUCGUCGGCACACCACUCUACACCCGUCUGGUCUUUGACCGGUUUGUUCCCUUGUUCUCGACCAUCCUGGGCUUGUUCGCCGUCAUGGCUGGAGUCAUCGUCGGUACUUUCACUGGCAAGGCUACCGUGGCCGGACCUAUCAUCCAGGCAGCCCUUGCCGACGUGGGAACACAGGUGGCGCACAUUAGCAAUCGAGCGGCAAUUUACACACUCGAUCCAAAAGCCAGAAACAGGAUCAACACGGCGUACAUGAUUUGUGCCUUCUGUGGUCAGUUGACAGGCACAACUGUUGGAAACAGGCUGUAUGCCCAUGGCGGGUGGCUCCUGAGUGGUGGAGCGAGCGUGGCAUUUGUCGGGCUGGCUCUGCUUGUCGGGUUUGCAAGAGGACCUAGAGCGAAGGGGUGGGUUGGCUGGCAUGGGGGCUGGAGACUACGUAAAGACCAGUGA